CAAUUAAGAGGAAGAAGAAGUUGACUCGAAUCAGGGAUAGACUCUCUCUUUGUCUUUUCCUUUUAUCAUCUUUUUCACUCCGUAGUUCUUUCCUCUGGAAAUGCAAGUGUGCGCGUGAAUUUGUGGUUAUUGAGUAAUUCUUGCAGACACGCAGAGAAAAUUUGUUUGUUCCUCUUUACAUUUGCAUGACGAGCGCUUCGGAGCUAUUCUACAGCAGGAGGACUCGUCUGGGUCGGAUCAGCUCCGAAUUUGAUUCGGAUUCUGACCGAAUAUCUAUCCACAACCAUGUCACUGUUCAUCGCCACCACCGUCACCGCCGCAGCAGCAGUGGAACUCGCCGGGUCGGGAGAUUCGAUUCGAUCUACUCCGAGCCUCUUCCCCGGUCUAGAAUUCCAAUCCGCUGCUCCUCUGUUCAGGAGCUUGAACCAGUCGGCAUUGAUGCUUUCACCAGUCCAUCUGGAAACUAUAACAGUUCCAAAAAUGAAAUCACUAUACAUGAUAACUUUAGAACUACUGGGAAUGGUGGACUUCCUGGACCAGUCCUACUUGCAAGGGAAAGACUUCUCCAAAGAUUGAGAGGCUUUUCUCUAUCUGAAAACAGGUGCAAUAGAAGGGCCUCUACAAGCAGCCUUAUGAGAAACGUGACAACUGAAAAUGACUCCAUGCUUGUUGGUGCUAGGGACUCUGUAGCAAGAUCAGGCAUAGCCACUGACUUUAUCCAGAUAGACAUGACCAAACGACCUCCGGGGCUCACCCAAGAAUCGCUAAAUUCUCUGCGAGUUGAAGUUUUCAGCAACUUAGGCGGCAAUGCACCACAAGAGUGUAGCAUCUGUUUGGAGGCUUUCUCGGAUGGAGACGCCCUGUUUCAUUUGCCCUGUGGCCAUAGAUUCCACAACGGUUGCUUGAUUCCCUGGGUCCGGACUUGUGGAGACUGCCCUUAUUGCAGGGCAAGUGUAUUAAAACACACAAAGUAACAUGACUGACCAUAUCAGACAUCUUUGUUGCAACCAUGCCACACUAACAUAAAAUGAUUGCAAUUAAUUUAGCUUGUGUAG